UAAUCACCAACCAAAAUGGGAUUCAAGAUAUGUGCUUUAGUUGCUUUUUUGUCCAUAUUCGUAUCAACUAUUGAUGCAACUUUCUUUCCCAUGAAGCAUUGCAUAGAAUGGCCUAUUUCUUGGUCUCCAUUUGAUCACCACGGCCACCACGGCCACCGCGGCCACCACCACCAUCGCUACAUAAUAUUUUGUCCUCCACCACAUUCCCCUCAAUAUGAACCACCUCCACAUAAACAUAAACAUAAAUCACCACCACCACCACCACCAUCGCCUCCUCCUCCGCCGCCAGCUAUAGAAGCUCCUUCUCCGGCACCAACAAACAUUCCUCCUCCUCAACCGUCGCCCACGGAAGCUCCUUCUCCGUCACCAACUACCAUUCCACCUUCGUCGACACCCAUAGAAGCUCCUACUCAUGCCCCCAUGGAAGCGCCCACCCCAGCCCCCAUAGAAGCACCCACCCCGGCACCCACAGAAGCGCCCACUCCGACACCGGAAGCACCUACCCCUGCACCCACCCCGGCACCCAUUGAAUCUCCCACCCCGGCGCCAAUGGAAGCGCCAACCCCGGCACCCAUUGAAGCGCCCACCCCGGCACCAGCGCCCACAGAAGCUCCCACCCCGGCGCCCAUUGAAGCGCCCACCCCGGCACCCAUAGAAGCGCCUACUCCGGUACCCAUGGAAGCUCCCACUCCGACACCGGAAGCACCUACCCCAGCACCCACCCCGGCACCCAUUGAAUCUCCCACCCCGGCGCCAAUGGAAGCGCCCACCCCGGCACCCAUUGAAGCGCCCACCCCAGCACCCAUGGAAGCACCCACCCCGGCACCCAUUGAAUCUCCCACCCCGGCGCCAACGGAAGCGCCCACCCCGGCACCCAUUGAAGCGCCCACCCCAGCACCCAUGGAAGCACCCACCCCGGCGCCAAUGGAAGCGCCCACCCCGGCACCCAUUGAAGCGCCCACCCCAGCACCAGCGCCCAUAGAAGCUCCCACCCCGGCGCCCAUUGAAGCGCCCACCCCAGCGCCCACUCCCGCCCCCACAAAAGCACCUACCCCGGCGCCCAUAGAAGCGCCCACUCCGGCCCCCACAAAAGCAUCUACCCAGCGCCCAUAG